AUGCGGAGCGCCGGCUACACGGUGGUGCAGCAGGCGCUGGUGGAGGUGGCGGCUGCCGCGGUGUGGCAGGCGGCGAAUCUAGCGAGGCGGCGCGGGCACGCGCAGGUGACCCCGCUCCACGUCGCCAGCGCAAUGCUCUCCACCGGCGGCCUCCUCCGCGCUGCCUGCCUCCGGUCCUCGUCCCACUUGAAGUCUCCCGCGCUUCGGCCCGAGGCACUCCAGUUCUGCCUCGACGUCGCGCUCAGCCGCCUCCCGAUGGCCUGGCCACCGGCCGCCGCCAUGUUCAGCAACCACGGCGCGCCGGUGAUGGCGCUAUCGAACGCGCUAGUGGCGGCGCUGAAGCGCGCGCAGGCACACGAGCGCCGGGGCUUCGCGGACGGCGGCCAGCGGCAGCCGCGCGGGCUCGUCGUCAAGGUCGGGCUGGAGCAGCUCGUCGUGUCCAUCCUGGACGACCCUAGCGUCCACCGCGCCUUGCGCGAGGCCGGCUUCUCAGGCCCUCAGGUCAAGGCCAAUGUCGGGAAAGGAGCCUCGUCGGAGCAGUCUGAUAGCGUGCAUAGCCACCGUAGCGACGACAUAGCUUCUCCAUGGCCGCCUACGUGUCUGCAGCAAAAGUUCAUCGAACUCACCUCAGAGAAUCUCAAGAUCUUGUGUGAUGCCCUGGAGCGGUGCGUCCCGUGGCGAAAGGACAUCGCCCCUGCAAUAGCGGCCACCGUGCUGCGGUGCCGAUCCGGCAUGAUGAGGAGGCCGGCCUCCUCGAUGGCGUGGCUGCUCUUCCGAGGAAACGAUGUCAACGGCAAGAGGUCAAUGGCCCAGGAGCUCGCUAAGCUUGUAUUUGGCUCCUAUAGCGAGUUCACCUUGAUUAACUCCGCCAACACCUCUAGCGACGCUGGUGACCGCGCCCUCAAGAGGAGGAGAUCACCAGAUGUCGGCAGUGGCUAUGUCGGGAUAAGGUUGUUCGAGGCACUCAUAGAAGAACCUCACCGUGUUGUGUUCAUCGAUAAUAUCGAUCAAAUCGAUCACGAGUCAGAAAUCGCAAUCAAGAACGUGAUCGCGACGGGGAGAGUCAUGGGCUGCAACGGCGCCGGCAUAGCCAGUCUGGAGGAUGCCAUUGUAGUGUUGAGCUCUGAAGUGUCUGAGCCAAGGUCAUUCACUUCUUCAUCCCCUCCGACCAAGCGACGAAGAAUUGGUGGACUGGACCAUGGGGAAGGUGGUGCGGAGAGGCAAGUAGAAUCACGUCGUUUUGUCUUUGAUUUGAACGCUCCUAUGGAGGAUGCAGAAGAGCAGGAGGAAGGUAGCUCGGUUGACAGUAUGGAGAUCAUGGGUGUUGUGGAUGGUGUUUUUCAUUUCGAUUAG